AUUGCUCUCGCCUGGGGGUCUGUGAGAUUUAUUUUCGCUCUGCUUCCCUGUGAUGUGCUGCUGUCACUGGAUUAUAAACAUUAUAAACUCAGACAUGAUCGCAGCGGCGGGCGGGAUCGAUUGUGGAAGCGCGUCCGAAUAUACGACGCGUUGGAUGAGAUUCUGCGUGUAGUUUCGGCAGGAUAAUGAAGAAGUGUAAUGGCUGUGAGCUCUUUUGAGUGGUGCCAUGACCAGUCAGGGUGAUGACCAUGAAGACAGACUAAACCCCCUAGCAUCAUCUUCUUCCUCUCGGCCCUCAGCUGCCCGUAAGCUGCAGGUCCAGCGCUCGCUCUCCCGGGACACCAUCACCAUACACUUCUCAGCCAAAGGACAUGAGGAAGAGGAGGAGGAAGAGGACCUUUACAGGCUCGCGGCUUCCCCGUCUGGCCUUGAAAUCGAAGAUCAGGGCGUAGUCGAGGCUCAGGAGGCCAGCGAGGAGCUUCUCUCUGAAGGAUUGGGAGUGGACGUGGUUACAGGACUGGCUUCGCAGACACACAGUUCAGCGUUGGCGAUCACACACCCCUCCGUUAGCUUAGGUUCCUCGUCCACUUCUAGUCUUAUUAGCUUCUCAUGGCCUUCGGAACAAAGGUUGAGUGCACCGGUACCUUCCACACAUUCGGUUUCAUCCACUUCAUCCCCAGCUAAAGUUUCUACUUUACCUUCGAAGCCGUUCCUAAGCCUAGUUAAGUCUCUUUCCACUGAUGUGGAGGCGCCCACUGCCCCCCCGCAAUCGAUAAGACACCGACAUUUAAUGAAAACCCUUGUUAAGUCUUUAUCCACGGACACUGCUCGACCCGAACAUGAGUCUUCCUCAACUCAUCGCUCGCAGGAUUCACGCCUCAAUCUGCACCUUUUCAAACCGUUCACCCAAACUCGUGUUCCCGCGGUCACUGGCGACUCCAAAACCGCCCCCUCAUCCCCGUUAACCUCUCCCGAUAGCCGCUCCUUCUUUAAAGUUCAAGAGGUCGAGGCACGAAUCGAAGACACGAAGCGUCGUCUAUCCGAGGUCAUGUACGAGCCUCUCCAGCUUCUCAGCAAGAUAAUCGGCGAGGAAACCGGGAGCGCGACUGCGGGCGUCUCUUAUCGGUCCAGAAACCUUUCGUCCAGCGCAACUGAACUCUCAAACUUGGCUGCUCUCAACGGCCACUCGGAGAGCAACAAUAACUACUGCAUUAAAGAGGAGGAAGACGUGGACGGGGAAAGUCCUCUCGAGGGGGCGAGUGUUGACUUGCCUCUUCACAGAUCGCCGUCUCUCGGAUUAAACCGAUGUAUCAUGUCGACUCUAGCUCGUCAGGAAGAUGAAGAGUUCUGCGAGCUCUACCCUGAAGACUUCGAGCUUUGUAAUGAGUUAGAUGGGGAAGAACCCCACUCAUCUCAAGCCCGCCGAGGGAGUAGCGAGGAACCGACUGAAGGAGGCGAGGAAGACGAGGAGGAAGACGAGCCUCCAGGAGUUCCCCACAACAGAUUGAUUCUUCUGAUAGCGAUGGUUUACGGUUACUUUGUGUUGCCACUCCCUGCCUAUGUGUGUUGGGUGUUGACGGGAGUGGUGGCGGGGUUCAUGCUGGCGAUACUGAUGGUGUGGUUGUCUGCGAGGCGAAGGCCUUCGUGGGGUCGUAACAGCAACUGGAACCGAAGAGAGAACUGGAACCGGGUUCCUUUGGAUAUCACUGAACCUGCCAUACACAAGGGUUGGAUGAACGAGAUCUACAGCUACGACCCGGAGACGUAUCACGCCACGCUCACACACUCGGUGUAUGUGCGUCUUGAGGGCUCAGUCCUGCGCCUGUCCAAACCUAACCGCAACGUUCCGCGCCGGGCCACCUUCAGCGAGCUCAAGCCCGACGUCUCCUACAUCAGCCAGAAGAUCUAUGAUCUCACCAACAGUAAGAUCUACCUGGUGCCCCAGAGCCUGGCCCGGAAAAGGGUGUGGAACAAGAAGUACCCCAUCUGCAUCGAGCUGGCCAAGCAGGACGACUUCAUGGCCAAAGCUCAGGACGAGAGGAGCGAGGUGUCGGAGGAGAAGACCCUUGUCCCCGGAGAAAAGCCUGAGAGCGUGGCCGUCACGGAGGAACCCAAGAGAGUGCACACACAACCUGUGCUGUACCUGUUCGGGAGGACCGGGCGAGACAAGGAGGAGUGGUUCAGGAGGAUGCUGUUUGCCUCCAAACUGAAAUACGAAGCCAAGAAGCCCUCGGGCCUGCCUACAAGCGGUCUGUCUCAGAGUCGCAGCAGCAGUCGUGGCAGUCUGGAUGAAGUGCUCCAGUCUCAUCCCAGGCAAAAAGACCUCGGCGCCAGUGUCAAACAGAAGGUUCUGGAGUACAACGUCUACAUGGCCAAAUAUGUGAGCCAGUCCACCGGCAGCCCAGCCGCAAGCCCUCUCCAGAGCGCUGGAAAUAGCCCGGGAACCGCCAAAAAGUUUCCAGAGAGUCGUGAGCAGGAGGCCGAGUCCGAGGCCUGGGUCAAUGCUCUUUUGGGUCGCAUCUUCUGGGACUUUCUUGGAGAGAAAUACUGGGCAGAUGUGGUGUCCAAGAAGAUCCAGAAAAAGCUGAGUAAGAUCAGGCUCCCAUACUUCAUGAAUGAGCUGACCCUCACUGAGCUGGACAUGGGGAUAUCCAUUCCCAAGAUCCUCAGCUCCUCCAAACCAUCCGUAGAUCACAGAGGCCUUUGGUUCGACCUGGAGAUCUCGUACAACGGUUCUUUUCUCAUGACUCUUGAAACCAAGAUGAACCUGACCAGACUGGGAAAGGAGGGAGAAAGCUUGGGAGAACAGGGAAAAGAAGGACCCAGACCACGGGCUUACUUCUUGGCCGACAGUGAUGAAGAGUCAUCGAGUGCAGGAUCCUCUGACGAGGAAGAUGCUGCCGAAGUGCCUGAGAUUACAGGAGUGGAAGGUUAUGUUGGCGGACACCGAUCCAGCAAAAUAAUGCGCUUUGUGGACAAGAUUGCCAAGUCCAAGUAUUUCCAGAAAGCCACAGAGACUGAGUUCAUCAAGAAGAAGAUGGAGGAGGUGUCCAACACCCCGCUGGUGCUGACGGUGGAGGUCCAGGAGUGCCAGGGAACACUAGCUGUCAACAUCCCACCGCCUCCGACUGACCGCAUCUGGUAUGGUUUCAGAAAGCCUCCUCGUCUGGAACUGAAAGCUCGGCCUAAGCUGGGCGAGAGAGAGGUUACUUUUGCUCAUGUGACAGACUGGAUAGAGAAGAAACUAGAUCAGGAGUUUCAGAAAAUCUUUGUAAUGCCAAACAUGGAUGACGUCUGGCUGCCUAUCAUGCACUCUGCCAUGGACACGCGGUCCGAUGCCAACGCCUUGAAGGACGAGGACACCGCGGACCCCGAGGAAUCCCUUGACGACAUGUGAAGAUGUGCUUCUGUGUUAAGCAGAAGAGAAACACUCAAGUCCCAUGAGGGCAUGACUAUACCUGACUUGGAAAUUACAGGUGCCAUAUUGCCCAUUGAACACAGCUGUGAAAAAUACCAACACAUCCAUAACUACAAGAAAGGACAAAAUUGCUUGCUUGCUUGCUUCUGAUUUGAUUGGGACAGUCCCGAAUGCACAUGCUGUUGGCCCUCGAGAGCAGGAUUAAAGAGGUUUUGGUGAAUUGUGAAGGGACAUUGAAGGUCUGGGUAAAGUGUACUCUACCUCUGUUUGAUGCACGCUGACUUACCAAACGUCCCGGGGUCGCAUGGCACAACCUAAUCUCUCAUCCUGUAAUAGCCCUAAGGCCUGGUCAGCAGGUUUGAUCCACAAUUUCACAGGAGUUUUUUUAGUACGACGGCACACCACAUUUGAGGGUUCGAUAUUUGAAGACGUGACGCGUAACCAAACCUAAAAGCCAUUUAUGAUUUUCUCAUGAUUGUCAUACGCUUCUAAGCAGCAAAUAAUUGUUUAGACUCAGUAGACCUACAAGUACACCAUUUUUCUCUUCUGUCCACCGCUGCCUGAGCCCUCUGUGUGGCGUCCGAUUAUGCAAUUAGAUCAAUUUCACUGUGCUCAAGAGGGACACCAGCCAAUAACCCCUCAGUCCUUAGCGAUCCCGACUCAAACAGCCUAUUCUAGUGGGUUCAUAGCUUUCCAUCUGCCAGGCAUUGGGUCUCAAACGAGGGGAACAAACGUGCUAACAAUGCUAAUGUGCAUAGUUAGGAUAGCCGGCUCAUAAAUGCCACCCAUAUCAUUGUAUACUUUUAGUUUGUCAUCUAAAAAGUGCAUUUUGGUGCAAAUUCCCUUCACAACCCAAAAAGAUCAGUAGGUCAAUGUUGGAAGGCUAAUUCACCAUGGCUAUCCCUUGGGAAUUUUCCUAUUGGCUUUUAGAAUAGUGUUUUGGGGAUUGUAUGAAUAAAAUGAGAUCUGUGCUAAACAUAACGUUUUUACUUGUCGCUAGGUAAAGAGUACAACCCAUAAACAAACACCUUUAUUCAUAAACCCCACGGGAAAGUCCCAAGACUGAAUGGCUUUAUUUAGCAGAUGCUAAUUCGACUGGUUGCGUGACGCGCUCUCGCCAUGGAACCGUGGAGAAGACAUGAUUAUGGUCAUUAUUCACUUGAAACGAGGAUGUUUUUGCGUUGACCACAGUGUUUUAUGUGGUGGGCUACAAAUAAGUGCUAUUCUAUUUCCAACACCGAUGAACUCGUAUGUCGUGUACCUGUGGAGAAGAUUGUUGAAUGUACAAAGCGUUUUUGUCCACCUUGUUUGGCAUAUUUUAUCAAGUGUUAAUAUCUGUGUUGUUCAUUGUCAGGUUUUUUCUUUACACUGCGUUUGCAGGUCAUAUGGUGUAUUAAAUCAGGUAGGUCGUUUCUGUUGGAUUAUCAGUGGCAAGUGAUUUGCCAAAUAAAAUAUCUUGAAUGAAUUUUGACAUUCAUCCAUUAUCAGAUGCUUCACAUGUAUUGAGAGGUCUGAGAAAAAGUGUUUUAUAUCCAACAAACAUGACAAGGUCUGUAUCUUAGCCGGCGCCAAGGAACGUAAAUUGUGGUUUUUCCACAUCUGUUUUGGACUAAAGUCCAAAUAAUCAAUCCUACAUGUACUUUGAUUUCAAUGCGUUUACUUUGAAUGACAUUUUGUGUUACAAUAUUGCCAUUCACAAUUGAUCUUGUGUGUGCGCUCUGCCAAUCGCUUAUUCCUUUGCACAAUAUUUUAUGUUAAUAUUGUGUUCGGCCAUAUUGACGACAUGAUUGUUGUGUGGAAAUUGAUAAAAGGCUUUUGCAAAAAUAA